CAUCUUGUUAUGCUCUCGUUCUUUAUUCAGCAUCUCCAUCAUCUACUUCACCAGCAGGUAUAUAGUUUCCCAUUAAAAGGUCAAACAAGAAAGAAAGAAAAACUCAAUAUUCAGUUUUUCCCACCAUUAUUAAAGCUGGCCUUCAUGAUAAGCUUUUUAAAAGAAGAUGAAAAACAAACAAAAGUAACCCGAGGAGUCCUUUGGGGAUGUGGUCUAGUGAAAGCUCAGCCGGUGGUUCCCAGUGAAGCAGCUCGGUGUCUCAUUGAAGGGGAGACGGUGUUUAAUCAAGCGCUGUGUGGGACUCGCCUUUCUUUUCCUUUCACUAAAUAUCUCUUCACUUUUUUUAAACUUGAAAGAAGACGCACUUUUUCUUUUCUUUUCUACCAAAGAAGAAAUUUCCAAACACAAACCAAGAGAAUUACUCACACUGCUGGCAUGCGGUUGAAUAAAGCAGAUUUUAAUUAGGGGUAAAUAACAUCACUGCGGCUGUUAUUGGCGACGGCAAAAAGAAAGCCUCCGACAACUUUAGUUUAGUGUGAAAUAAAACAAACUCAAAGAUGAACGCAGUGGCCGAUUGGCUCGUGCUGAACAGGGACAAGAUCGAGAAAGGCGUGGAGAUCAUGGGCCAAGCCUCGGAGGUGCUGGCCUCCACCGUGGGCCAGCUCCACCCGGUCCUGGAGGCCGUGUUCGUGGCGUCGGCCGAGAUCCUCAACAACCCCGACAGCAAGGAGGCUCGCUACCUGACGCAGCAGUUCCAACUGGUCAACCAGCAACUGGAGGGAAUCCAGGACGAGAUCGACAAGAUCGCCCUGGAGCUGCAGAGGUCGUCGCUCAACAAGCAGAACUUCGACCGCGAGGCCCAGAUGCUCAGCCAGUACGAGAAGUUCCAGGACUUCGUCAACGCCAAGCCCAAGUUCAAAGAGAAGAAAAUGGAGAAGUUCCUGAGUCACUACGAGAACACCGACGCCGACCUGAACCUGGACGCCCUCUACAACGCCGUCGUCGGGGACAGCGCCGCGGGCGACCCCUUGCUGGAGAGCGUGGUCGCCACGGAGCAGAGGAGCAGGCGGCCGGUGGAGGACUUCUGCGCCCGGCUGAAGAAGCUCUUCGUGGUGGGCAUCAUCGCCGUCAUGGGCCACUCCGCCCUCAAGGAAGGGGCGGUGGGGGAGGAGAUGGUGAAGAAGUGGCAGGGGCGGAUGGAGGACGUGGAGACGCGGAUGAAAGCGGCGGUGGACGACUGCAUGGACAACUUCGCCGACCAAGCCAAGCUGGACGUGGAGCUCCUGCUGCAGGAGAACCCCGGCGCCGUCAACCGCGACUUCACCAAAUCCCUCCUGGAUACCCUGGUGAAGAAGUACGACUGGGUGAACUGGUCCAUCCGGGCCUUCAGCGACAAGGAGCGCAUCUUCUUUUUCAACUGGCUGGCCGGGAAGAAGUGCCACGGGAGCGGAGGAGCCAACUGGUUUGACGUUUUGACCAGGAGCAAGAUCAAAGUGGUGGUCUCGUUCUGCGUGGACCCCAAGCCCAUCAACAAGAGUCAGAUCCAGGAGCACAUCGAGGCUCAGAAGAUGAAGGGGAACAUGAUCGACGUGGCGCUGGCGUUGAACAAGAGCUUCCCCAACUGCCUGGUGCACGCCGUCAGCCAUUACAAGGAGGUGGUGGAGUCCAACAACUUUCACGAGGACUGUUACUACUACGGGAAACACAAAAGAGCCUCCCUGUGCAUCCACUCCGAGUAGGAAACAUAACGAUUUACGGGAAGAAAAUGAGCAACGCGUACAUCUAUGAAUGUCUUCACCAGAGACCCUGGAAGUACUACCAUUAAAUAUUGAAAAGGGAUAUCGGAAAUACCGUCUUUGUCGAUUCAUAAUCAGGUUUCUGGUGUGUGAUUCGUUGUCUUGCUUGCAAUAUUCUUUAUAUAUAUAUAUAUGAAUAUAUAUAUUCAUGAAUAUAUAUACAUAUAUAUUCAUAUAUAUGUAUAUAUAUUAUAUUCAUAUAUAUAUUUAUAUAUAAAUAUUAUAUAUAUAUAUAUAUAAAUAUGAUAUAUCUUUUAUCUGUUGAUGAUACAGCAGCUUCCGUAUGUGUUUUUUUCCAGUCGUACAUCUCAUGCCAGCUAUGACGUAUAUAGUGCUAUGACUAUCGCAAUGAUUCUGCCCCUAGUGGAUAUUACUGGAAUUGAGCGAUAUGACGAUAUUAGCCUGUAAGCCGUACAGAUCAUAACUUCCCCUUUAAUACCUUUAAACAUCUCUCGGGCCAUUGUAGGCCAUUCGGUAACUACUGCAAGACUUUAUGGCGUUAUCAUCUGCUACUUCCUGUUCCACGGAUGUGAUGCAGUACAGUUUGGGUUAUUUUAAACUUUAAACCCUCCCAGUUCAUUAUUGACCUUUAAAAAGUUGAAGAACAAGCAAGUACUCGUCCCUCGAGUUGGAAUUGUUUUGGGACUUUCUGAUGUAAAUAAAUGAACCGUCUAGCCCAACACUUGCUCUGAGAUAAGAAGGCGGAGGCCAUGUCUGUGUGUAAGAUACGAGGCUGCAGCCGGAGACCGUUAGCAUGACUUAGCAUGUAGACAGGAAGUGGUGGAUGUCAAUUUGCAAGUUGUGCCAAACUAUUUUGUUCCUCCUGGAUCUCGUCACACGACCACCAAUAUGACACGUGAUGUAUUUUUCACCUUUGCACAGCAGGCUAGCAGAUGUUACGCUAAGCUAAGCUAACCGUCUCAUGGCUGCAGAUUAAUAUUUAUGAAGUCUGAUAUGUCAAAAAGCUGCAGGACAAGUAGAUAGUUGAACCUCGAGAUGAUUGUUUAGUCAUUUCUUAUGCAGUUUCUCAAUUUGUUUAUAAGGGAAUAUUUACCACCUAUACAGAAUAUCACAAUGAAUAGAAAUGACACGUACUAUGCGAAUGGAUUAUAUGUAUAUUGUCCAUUCCUCGAUAUAUAUAUAAAUAUGUAUGAAUCAAAAUUAUAAUAUUCUUGCUGCUUUUGGUGUAAUAUAUGGCUGCGGGGCAAACGUCCAAAAACCCUUGAUUCCACUUUGCCAAGAUACAUAGCUGUAUAUUUCACUUUAAUUUGUAAUAAACACGAAAAUAAGAAUG